GGUCGUUGAAAUUUAAACUUCAGCUGCUGCAGAAAGAAACACGUUUCAGUAAAGUUUGGGAGGUGAUUUUCCAUUUCAGGAGAUAUAAAAGUACAUUUAUCAUCAACGACGUGUGGAAUUAAUUUGGAGUAAGUAGCUCACGUUUGUUAACGCCUACAUUUAGGUUUUGUUGCAUGAAAUGUAAAUAAUAAAUGACGGAGAAAGGCAGCAAGUUUGCCACCUGCAAGGUACUGUAGUGUAGGUAACGUUAACUUGCUAGUGUGAAUUAGUUGUCUAAGAUUAGCUAACAUGCACGUUUAUAUAACAAAAUAUACGCUUUUGUUAGUGUAAGUUAUAAGCGACUUGGUUCUAUUCUUGCAACGUUACCCUGCAGGGAGACCGAAAGGCAGAUUCAAACAUGGCUCAAUUUGGAUUCGACAACGACAUUCACAGCAUUCUGAAGCUGGAUAUGCCAAUCACAAACGCGCCCAUGGCGAGGUGGCAGAGAAAAGCCAGUUCGUCGAUGUCGACCAGCAGUGCCAACACCAGCGCUCUAUCACCUGGCAAAUCCGGAAACAGAUCUCUUAGUAUGUCCAAGACGCCCAGUAAAACACCAGGUAGCUAGCUAUUGUUUUUGCUGUUGAAUUUUGCUCUACAGUAUUUGCUUCUGUGUAUGUAGGUAGUCCCUUUCAACUGUCUAUGGGUGUGGCACUGUUACCAAUCUGUUUCACCAAGAGUUCUAAUACUAAUCUGCCCUUCUCUCUUGCUCAGGUAAAAAUGGAAAGACACAGUACACACCUUCCAAGGCAGGCGGUGACCGUUUCAUUCCCACUAGAAACAACAAACAGAUGGAUGUGGCAAGCUUCCUGCUCUCAAAAGAAAAUGAGCCCAUGGACACAAACCCCUUAGCAGCAACAUCAGUGAGGCUUUUCUCUAACAUUUCCCAUCACAUUUGUUGGUAUAUUGAAUUGUAGCUAAAAAUCGACACAUUUGUCAUUGUAGGAGAACCAGAAAGCAUGGUCUGUUACACUCAACGGAUAUGACAUUGAGGAGGCAAAGAUCUUGCAUCUAGGAGGAAAACCCUUGAAUGCUCCAGAAGGUAGGUCUACCGUUGGGAAUGAUUGUGUGACUUUGUCAGUUGAUUGAUAUCAGAAUCUAGUGUCCAAUUCUCUCUUCUUUCCAGGUUACCAGAACAACUUGAAAGUUCUCUACAGUCAGGUUUCUACCCCAGUCUCCACCAAAAAGACCAGAUACAUACCAUCUGUGCCUGACAGAAUCUUAGACGCUCCUGAACUCCGAAAUGAUUUCUGUGAGUCCUGCCAAUACAGUACUACAAAUAUCUAAUAACCUGUCUGGGGAGUAGGUAUCGAGGGACUUAACCUAGGGGUGUGUGUCAUAGACGCUCCUGAACUUCAAAAUGACGACUGAGUCUCCUAACACAGUAAAUGUCCAGUAACUUACCGGGGAAGGAAUCCUAGCUAUGGGUGUAACAUGGGCCUGCUGUGAUGCAUAAAUCACACAUUGAUUUACAUUUUAAUAAUUUAGCAGAUGCUCUUAUCCAGAGGGGGGGUGGUGCUGUGGGAUUAUUUCAGAUACUCUUUGAAGAGGUAGGGGUUCGGUUGUUUUUGGAAGACUCUGCUGUCCUAGCUUGAGGGGGAAGCUGGUUCCACCAUUAGGGUUUAAGCAUAGCCUGAGGGUAGGGAGGGGCAGUUGCUCUUCCGUAGGCAAGUACCAUGGUCUUGUAGUGGAUGCAAGCUUCUACUAGAAGCCAGUGGAGGUGCGGGGUGACGUGGAAGAACUUGGGAAGGUUGAACACCAGGCAGGCUGCAGUGUUCUGUAUAAGUUGCAGGGGUUUGAUGGCAUAAGUGGGGAGCCCAGCCAACAGCGAGUUGCAGUUGUCCAGACGGGAGAUGACAAGUGCCUGGAUUAGGACCUAUGCCGCUUCCGGUGCGGUAGGGUCGUACUCUACGGAUGUUGUAGAGCAUGAACUUGCAGGAGCGAGUCACUGCUUUGAUGUUUGCAGAGAACGACCAGGUGUUGUCCAAGGUUCUUUGCAGGGGGGGACACCGUGGAGUAGUCAACCGUGAUGGUGAGGUAGGCCUUCCCUGUCUUGUUGAGAUUAAGCUUGAGUUGUUUGGCAGACAUCCAAGCUGAGAUAUCUGCCAGGCACGCAGAGAUGCGUGUCGCCACCUGGGUGUCAGAAGGGGGGGGGGAGGAGAAAAGUAGUAGUUGCGUGUCAUCCGCAUAGCAAUGAUAGGAGAGACCAUGUGAGGAUAUGACGGCGCUGAGUGACUUGAUGUAUAGAGAGAAGAGGGCCUAGAUUUCAAUGGGAGAUUUACAGAAAGUGAUUUAAUGCCAGAUCAAGUUGGGAUCUGGUCCUUUUGGCUUCAGACUCUUAAUUCAAUCAGGGUGGAAAUGGUGGCGGCAGAGAGGAGCAUUCUUUGUUAAAAAGCUCCAUUGACCUCCUUCUGUUCCCACAGAUCUGAACCUAUUGGACUGGAGCAGUCGGAACCUUCUCGCAGUUGCCCUUCACAACAGUGUUUAUCUGUGGGACGCCACCCAGGGUGACAUCGUCCUGCUGAUGAAGCUGGAGCGGGAGGAGGACUACAUCUGCUCUGUCUCCUGGAUCAAGGAGGGCAACUUCCUGGCCAUUGGUACCAGUGACUGCAAAGUUCAGGUAAACUGUCUGAUGUGAACCUACCCAGCACACAUCUAAAAUAAUUUGGCUUCCAAUGCAAUUUUAUGGUGUUGAAGAGAGUGAUUUGCUGCUUCCUGUUUUUUAAAAUACAUUUAACCUGAAUUUGUCUUUGUCCCUAGUUGUGGGAUGUGGAGAACCAGAAGCGUCUACGCAGCAUGGCCAGCCACACUGCCAGAGUUGGCAGCCUGAGUUGGAACAAUCACAUUCUUUCCAGGUAAAGAUUUGUUUCUGGGGGAAAAAACAACGAAUGUUCAGGAACAAAAGUUGAGUGAAUAGUCAGUCCCACUUAUGCCACGAUUUUGCAUCCCAGACAAAAUGUCCACGUCGUUGGAAAAUUAUUAGCUUGUAAACGAUUGUCGUGCGUCUUGGCUCGUUCAGUGUGACCUAGGUCUGCCGAUUUUUAAGUACCGCUACAAAGUUCUAGCAGUUUCAAUAUUUUUGCCUUUAGCGUGCAGUGUGGCUGGUGUUACGAGCCGAUCACAGUGACUGACCAAUAGGAACACUGCCUGUACAAAGUAUGCACACAAUCAUACGAUUAUUGUGAAUAGUCAGAUUAAUGUAAUAGUUAUAUUUCAACAUUUAGCCUAUAUGCUGUGCAAAAAACGAUUUCCCUAAUAGUAUUUUCUUUUUUAUAUACUUGUGGCCAAAAUAUUUUAAAAUAUUUUUAUUUUUUUUACCAUCUUUAUUAUUUUCUUUUUCCAGUGGCGCCAGAUCUGGUCACAUCCACCACCAUGACGUGAGGGUAGCGGACCACCACAUCUUCACCCUCUCCGGACACUCUCAGGAGGUGUGUGGGCUGGAGUGGUCCCCUGAUGGGAGAUACCUGGCCAGCGGAGGCAACGACAACCUCGUGUACGUGUGGCCAGGCGUGCAGGAGGGCAGCGGCCAAGGCAGCAAUGCUGUCCACGGCUUCAGUGAGCACCAAGGAGCAGUGAAGGUAAAUAACAAACUUUUAACAAAAUGUCAUUCUUGGUGUGAAAUGCUAAACUACCAUGUUUUAUUGAAGGAUGGAGUUGGGAAUUAAUAAAAGGGCACAAUUUGAUGCACAUUGAAGUCCACUCACUGUAAAGAGACGUGCCAAACCCUAAUGAUUGUUUAUCUUACUCAAAUGUCUUAGGCUUUGGCCUGGUGCCCAUGGCAACCCAACAUUCUUGCGUCUGGAGGGGGCACCAGUGACCGACACAUCCGCAUCUGGAACGUCACCAGUGGCACUUGCAUCAGUGCCUUGGACACUCAGUCUCAGGUAACUGCACCCACCUUGAACCCUAAUGGGGUUGUAUCUGAAGUCUCACUAUUUUGUACAGGAUGAUAUUACACCUCCGGGGCCCUGCUGCUCAGUCAUAGCAGCAUGAAUAUUUGCAUACCAGUCACUUUUUAAAUGAGGUUACUUUCCAUAAUUGCUAUGCUGUACAAUCAGACCAUUAACUGGUGGUCAAAUUUGCCUUACAGGUGUCCUCUUUGAAGUUUGCACCAAACUACAAGGAAUUGGUCUCCAGCCACGGAUAUGCCCACGACAACGUAGUCAUCUGGAAGUACCCCUCCUUGACUAAAAUGGCAGAGCUCAAUGGUGAGUGACUGGUCUGAAAUUAUGAAUAUUGUAUAAAAACUUAAUGGCUCUGUAUGAAGUUGUCAUGAAUGGGUCAUUUUGUUGUCUGAAGCUGUAAAAGCAUCCAAGAGCCUGACGGUAAAUGUCCCUCACCCCAGUCUCCUUAACUGGGUAAACAUAAUCCUAAUUUAAAUUAAACUGUAGAUAAACUUGCUUAAUGUCAAUCCAUCUCAAUAAUGAUGCAUGUUUAAAGAUGCAUUAUGCAGAAAUUGCUCUGCCAUUUCUUGGUUCCUAAAAUUCUAAUAGUUCGCUUAAUUUCACUUUGCAAGUGUGAACAAUCUAAAUGUAUAUUUUUUCAGCUUUAUGAAGCUGGUGUACAAAACUGAAAGUAAAAUAGCACACACUUUUCCAACUGUAGCCAUUAGUUUAUUCUGGGGUCAAAGUUCAAAACUAUCUUAAACCACUUUUUUUUUUUUUUUUUUUUUCACAGGUCAUGAGGGCAGAGUCUUGAACAUUACCAUGAGUCCAGACUGCUCGACUGUUGCCACUGUAGGUGGUGAUGAAACUGUCCGCCUCUGGAAGAGCUUUGAGCUGGAUCCAGUCAAGAAGAAGGCCAAGGAGCGGAUGGUGAAGUCCACCAGCGGUAGUAUCCACCAAUCUAUCCGAUAAUGGAAUUUUUGUAUUGUAUGUUCAGGUUAGUUAUUGAUCGACUCAUCUGAAUUGUUUACUAAUGUACCAACUUUUUAUUCACUGUAAAAUAAAGAUUGCCACUUUAAAAUUUU